UUGCGGUUGGCGCGGGUCUGCGGGCGCAAGGCACCUGGAGGCCCUUUUCCGUCCCUCGAGGCAGGAGUCUCGGCCCUGCCUGCAGCUGCCCGGCUCUCUCCCGCUGCAGCCCUGAGGGCUGAGGAGGAGGCUGCGGGAUCCGGCCGGUGCCCUCCCUGUCAGCGCGAUGCCGGGGGCGGCGGCGGCGCUGCGCUCCGCACAGCUCCGGCCGUGACCGCCACGCCGAGCCAGCCGGCGGUUGGGGCCCUUGGACGUUUGUCCUCGCGGCCUCCCCUCCCCCGCGGGCGGCGGGUGCGGGCGGGCAGGGGGCCCGAGACUCCGCCCGCCGCCCCUCCCCCUCGCUCGCUUGCACGCACCCUCGCCUCUCGGCUCCUCGCGCCCGCCCGGCCGCGCUUGGUGUCGGCGGCGUCCACCAUGUCCACCUCCUCCUCCAGUUCCUCUCAGACCCCUCAUCCCGCGCCGCAGAGGAUGCGGCGCAGCGCCGCCAGCUCCCCGCCUGUCGCCGCCGCCGGGAGCGGGAACGGUGCGAGCGGCGUGGGUUGUGCCCCGGCUGCUGGAGCCGGGCGGCUGCUGCAGCCCAUCCGCGCCACGGUGCCCUUCCAGCUCCUGCGCGGCGGCCAGCACAGCCCCACGCGCCCGCCCGCCAGCGCCGCGCUCGUCAGCCUCCCGGGGCCCAGCCCGCCCAGCCCGACACCGCCGCCGCCCGCCGCAGCCCCGGCUGAGCAGGCGCCGCGGGCCAAGGGCCGCCCGCGCUGCUCCCCGGAGAGCCACCGCCGGAGCAGCUCACCUGAGAGACGGAGCCCCGGCUCGCCCGUGUGCAGAGUGGACAGGCCAAAAUCUCAGCAAGUUCGAACUUCUAGUACAAUAAGGCGAACUUCUUCUUUGGAUACGAUAACAGGACCUUACCUCACAGGGCAGUGGCCUCGAGAUCCUCAUGUUCAUUACCCUUCAUGCAUGAAAGAUAAAGCUACUCAGACACCUAGCUGUUGGGCAGAAGAGGGAAGAGAGAAGAGGUCCCAUCAGCGUUCUGCAUCAUGGGGCAGUGCUGAUCAACUCAAAGAGCAGAUUGCCAAACUGAGGCAGCAGCUACAACGCAGUAAACAGAGUAGUCGGCACAGUAAGGAGAAAGAUCGACAGUCACCUCUCCAUGGCAACCAUGUAACAAUCAGUCACACUCAGGCUCCUGGAUCGAGGUCAGUCCCUAUGCCACUGUCAAAUAUAUCAGUGCCAAAAUCAUCAGUUUCACGUGUGCCCUGCAAUGUAGAAGGAAUAAGUCCUGAGCUGGAAAAGGUAUUCAUUAAAGAAAAUAAUGGGAAGGAGGAAGUGUCCAAGCCUUUGGACAUACCAGAUGGUCGAAGAGCUCCACUCCCUGCGCACUACCGGAGCAGUAGUACUCGCAGCAUUGACACCCAGACUCCUUCCGUUCAGGAGCGCAGCAGUAGCUGCAGCAGUCAUUCACCUUGUGUGUCCCCAUUUUGUCCUCCGGAGUCCCAGGAUGGUAGCCCUUGCUCAACAGAAGAUUUACUCUAUGAUCGGGAUAAAGACAGUGGGAGUAGCUCACCGUUACCCAAGUAUGCUUCAUCUCCCAAACCAAACAACAGCUACAUGUUCAAACGGGAACCCCCAGAGGGAUGUGAGCGAGUGAAGGUCUUUGAGGAAAUGGCGUCUCGUCAGCCUAUCUCGGCCCCUCUCUUUUCAUGUCCUGACAAAAACAAGGUUAAUUUCAUCCCAACCGGAUCAGCUUUCUGUCCUGUGAAACUUCUAGGCCCUCUCUUACCCGCCUCUGACCUGAUGCUCAAGAACUCUCCUAACUCUGGCCAGAGCUCAGCACUGUCAACUCUGACCGUUGAGCAGCUCUCAUCCCGGGUUUCCUUCGCGUCUCUGUCUGAUGAUACCAGCACAGCAGGCUCCAUAGAGGCCUCUGUCCAGCAGCCAUCCCAGCAACAGCAGCUCCUGCAGGAACUGCAGGGUGAGGAGCACAUCUCUGCUCAGAACUAUGUUGUCAUCUAAAGCAGGGGGGGAGCUGGCCUCCACCCCAUGUUCUAAGGACUGGGAACAAGAUCUCAGACAUCUAUCUGCAUGGAGUGACAAACUUUCUGAGUACCACCACGGACAACAAAAUACUUAUCAGCAUCAUAAAGUAUCUCUUAACACUGAUCUUUGGCAGGGACGGAACUCCCAUCCAGCAGUUUUUGUGGAAAGCAGUAAUGCUUGCAAAAUGUACGUGUCAUUCAGCAUUUUGAGUGGAGACUAUGCAUUUCAUAGUAUGUUUGAGAGAUUAGUACUGUGUCCUGUGUUUUGUUCCAAAUUCUUCAGUAUAAAUAAGCUCUAAUAUCAAAAAGUUGCCUGUCUAAGUAGAAAAUGUCUUGCUGUGUUUUGUCCUAUGGAAAAUACUGUACUUCAGAAUUAUGUUUACAAUCGAUCCAGGUGUUUGUUUCUAAUUUCUGUAAUACAUACAAUGCAAAAAAAAAAUGGCCACAACAGUUGCACAGUGCCCACCCUAUGGCCUAGCUUCAGGUACUUCAGUUGAAGUCUAACUCAGGUAAUUUGGAAUGUAUAUCAUAUUGGGAUAUUAAAUAUUUCACAGCUACAAAGCUAAAGAGGGAACAUCACUCUUUUGCCUUUUCUUAUUUUGUGCAUUUCCCUUUCCUCAUUACAUUCCAUAUUCUUAGAAUAAGAAGUGCAUUCAACCCUAGGUGAAUGAUAGCCCUGGACAUGGGUGAACUUGAGGAGAACCGGCAGUCUGUGGUGUGUGACAUCACUUUCGCCAUGUGGUUACGAGUCAAACAGCUGUUGCAUUCCCUGUUUCAACACAUGUAAAUGUGGCAUUUUUAAAAGUUCAGGCGUUCAGUUAAUGACUGUUACAAGGAUGCAAAUGAAGUGUUCAGUACUAGAUUGUACAUAAAACAUUCCACAUCAUGUGUGAUGAAAUUUAAAAACAAGAAUGUCUAGGUUUAAUUUCAAAACAAGCAAAAUUUCACGGGGGAUAGUUGAGGGUUGUUUGUUUUGUUUUGUACCAGGGAUCAGACUCUGAACCUUGUGCUUUCAAGGCAGGUGUGGCACCACUGAGCUAAAUCCCUGGUCCUGUUUUGGUUUUUUGUUGGCCAUCAGGAUUGUAAUUGCUACCAUUUUUCUCUAAAGACAUGUUUAUGUUUAGUUUUUGUUUUGGAAAUUUGCAGGUCAAAGCAUGACACACUUUUAUUUUCCUUGUGCAGUUUGGGUGCAUGAGUUACAUUCACAUAGAAUACACGGUCUCAGAAUUGAUGCAACAUAAGUAGGUUACUUAGUCACUUACAAACUCAUUUAAGCCUCACAUAAUACUAUCAUGAAUAGUUUUGUUAAAAUUUUGGAUGUACGAAGUAGAGCAUAAACCCAAGUAGCCUUGAACUUGCAGACUUGACAUAAGUUCUCCACAAAGUGUGAAGAGAGCCCUAGAUACUCUUAAUUGGUUAGUGGGACAGCUUGACUAUCAGGCAUUGUUUUCUGUAGUGCAGGGUAUCGAAAAGUAAAGAGAAGCUUUUGUAUUUUUAUUCCAUUGUUUUCAGCUCAAUAAACCUAGAAUUGUCUUCAUCUGCACCUGAAAUGUAUGGCACAAGUUUGUGUUUUUUUUAAGAAUUCAUGGAACAAGGUGCCUACAGUUAAAAGAAUGUUUCAGUUCCCUUCAGUCAUUCCUGGGAUUUUUGUUGUUGUUGUUGUUGUUGUUGUUGUUGUUUUGAGGAGGUUGAAGGAGGAUGAAGUAAUAUAGAAGAAUGCAACACCAUUGUUUUUUUUUAAAGAAGUAUUUUAUAUAUAUAUGUAUAUGUGUGUGUGUGUGCGUGCAUUCAGUGUAAUAUUUUGUCAUGACCCUAAUCUCUUCUUUCCACCAAAGUUUGCAGUAAUAUUCUCUCCUGAAGGUGCACUCUAGCUCCUUUAAAUUAGUCAGUGUUAUAUUAUAGGAGACUGUCAUGGAGAAAAGGACUCAGUUUACUUUUGCCAUUUUCACAGGGGAACCUUUUAAAACAACCUUUUCAGCAGCAGACACCUUUAACCCUAAUAAUCUCAGGCCUUGAUGAAAAUACUAUAUUUUGUAGAUUAUGGUUAAAGGGAGAGAAUUCAUAGUUCCGUAAGAUAAAUAUGAGCUCCAUUUAACUUCUGAUAUCUGGUUUAACAUUACAUGGUAUGUUGAUCUUACGCUGUGCUUUUGUCCAAAUAAGAUGCAAUAGUAUCACUAUCAAUUUCAGAAAGAUGGACUGAGUAUGCUUUUUUUGGUGAUGAAAUCUGAUGUAUGAUAUUUAUAGUGAUGUGCUUUUAUUUUCUCAUGAGAAACUAAAUAUUGUGUUGUACAUUUGUUCUUAGCAUAUAUUAAAAGUUUUGAACCAAAUGUGUUAAAGCUUAUGCUUUGCCAUGUAAAUUUCCCAGAAGUUGUUGAGCUCAAAUGUAUCCUACAUUCAGCUGUAGAAAUUUGUCAGAAAUUGUUUAAAUUUUGUAUAUAGUUGUACUGUUUAAUUUUAGCCACUGCGCUGAACAGUAUUUGAGUUAUCAUACAAUAUGGCUUUACACAAGGAAAGUGUGGCUUCUGUUUUGUAUUUUUUCAGUAUAGAAGUUCCUGUGUCUUAUUUAAAUAAAGUUAUUAGUAAAACUGGAA